UUUUUUUUUUUUCGCUGUAAAAAAAAAACCAUGAGUAAAGUUAAACUUGUCGACUUUACAAACAAGCUGCCGACAGUUUCAGAAUGGUCGAAAGGGUUUAGAUAUAGAAGUGCUUCACCUAGAAUAACACUUGGUAGUCCCUCCAUAGCAGCCCAUGGCAUACAACAAAUGAAACUUCCUAAAGUGAAUGACAUGACCGCAGUCGAAAUAUACCCUGGCUUAGGUGUGUGGACAAGAGCUUUAAAGGAUAUUGGAUUUAAGCGAGUCAUUUCUUUAGAACCCCAAGUGUUAUAUAAUCAUUGGAUGGAGGGCAUGGCCCAGGAAUCCCAAGGUGUCUUGGAAGUUCUGAAGAAAGAUGGGUAUGAUUGGGAAGCUUACAACGAAUUAAAGGAUCCCAAAUAUAUCGGUAACAUGGAAACCAAAGACUGGACUGAAGUACACCCCGAUAUUUUAUUUACAGGUACAUUGCCUAAAGGCAGUAGAGGAGAACAACUAUUAGCUCAGUUUGCUACCUGCAUUGUAAAUAAAAUGGCAAUGCAUACUCUAGGUCGUAUCCAAAUGGCCUUUUGGGUGCCAGAUACUUUAUACCAAAAGUUUGUGGCUCCACCAAGGAAUCACAUUAGAUGUAAAAUGAGUGUUAUUGCAGAGGCUUCUGCUGAUGUUAAAUUGAUUUGCUCAACAGAACCUGAUGAUAUGUAUCCCAGCUCUUUAUAUCACCUUAUACACAUCGUGCCAUUUGAAAAAAGUCAAAUAACAGCCCAAUGGGAUGUUUUUGAGUAUGUCCUGAAACAUUUGUUUGUUAUGCAAAAGAAAUCACUUAAACAUAUGGUCAAAACAUUGGGGCCUGGUGCCGACAUUAUUCUUCCUAGAUUAUCCUUUGAUUCCAACAUACUUGUGGGACAAAUGACAGCAGCACAAUUAAAUGAAGUUGCGUUAAAAUUCGACGAGUGGCCCUUAAGACCUAGAGUGUUAUUUGAAGAUUCCUCUGUUUUCACAUAAAGAAUACAGAAGAAAAAAAAAUAAACUUUUUUAAUUAAUAGAUUUA